UUUAGGUUCCUUGCACUGACGCCAUGGAGAGUGUAUCACCUGAUUUCUGUCAUGAUCCUUGGGCGUGUUAUUAUGCAGAUAAUAAAGGAUAUGGUUUUGUCUAGAACAAGAGGUGCACAGUUGUGGAGAAGCCUCAGUGAAAGCUGGGAAGUUAUCAAACCAGAUGAGAAACCCAGACUCAGCCACUGUAUUGCAGAAUCAUGGAUGAAUUUCAGCAUAUUUCUUCAAGAAAUGUCUCUUUUUAAACAGCAGAGCCCUGGCAAGUUUUGUCUCCUGGUCUGCAGUGUGUGCACAUUUUUUAUGAUCUUGGGAAGUUACAUUCCUGGGGUUAUACUCAGCUAUCUAAUGUUACUGUGUGCGUUUUUGUGUCCAUUGUUUAAAUGUAAUGAUAUCGGACAAAAAAUAUACAGCAAAAUCAAGUCAAUCCUGCUCAAACUAGACUUUGGAAUUGGAGAAUAUAUUAAUCAGAAGAAACAUGAGAGAUCUGAAGCAGAUAAAGAAAAAAGUCACAAAGAUGACAGUGAAUUAGACUUUUCAGCUCUUUGUCCUAAGAUUAGCCUCACGGUUGCUGCCAAAGAGUUAUCUGUGUCUGACACAGACGUCUCUGAAGUAUCCUGGACUGAUAAUGGGACCUUCAAUCUUUCAGAAGGAUACACUCCACAGACAGACACUUCUGAUGAUCUUGACCGACCCAGUGAGGAAGUUUUCUCUCGAGAUCUUCCAGAUUUUCCAUCUCUAGAAAAUGGCAUGGGAACAAAUGAGGAAGAUGAAUUAAGCCUUGGCUUGCCUCCUGAGCUCAAGAGAAAGAAGGAGCAGUUAGACAGCGAUCGCAGACCGUGCAAAGAGAGGCAAUCAGCAGCUGGUCUCACCCUUCCUCUGAACAGUGACCAAACCUUUCACUUGAUGAGCAACCUGGCUGGGGAUGUCAUCACAGCUGCAGUGACUGCUGCCAUCAAAGACCAGUUGGAGGGUGUGCAGCAAGCACUUUCUCAGGCUGCACCCAGCCCAGGAGAGGAUACAGACACAGAAGAAGGUGAUGACUUUGAACUACUUGACCAGUCAGAGCUGGAUCAAAUUGAGAGUGAAUUGGGACUUACACAAGAUCAGGAAGCAGAAGCACAACAAAGUAAAAAGUCUUCAGGCUUCCUUUCAAAUCUACUUGGAGGCCAUUAAUCUAGGAAUCGCUUGCAACAGCACACACACACAAAAAGUUUCAAACAAGCAAAAAAAAAAAAAAAAAAAGAAAAGAAAAAAGGAAAAAAAUUGAACUGUAAGCUUUAAUGAUUACUUUAGAUUUUUGUUUUAUUUUUCCUCCUGCAGUGAAUUAAUUGGAUAUAUAUCAGCUGACACUGAUAGACUGAUAGUUAUAUUUAUGUAAUAAGCAUGGAAAUGAACUUCACACACACACACACAGUGUUGUGAGAUAACUAUUAGGGGUUGUUUUUAAAGCAAAAGGAAAAUAAAAAACACCAAAUUAUUAAGAUUCUCCUAUAAAUAUUAUUUUUUCUUUAUAAUUAAUUUUUCAAGCAUGCAAAAACAGUUCACCAUAACUCACUGAAAAUAUUAACAAUUAAUUCUUAAUACAUGCUGUAUCAGCUCCCUUAUUCCUAAUACGUGGAGAGCUUUUUUAACUGGUAGAUUUUGAUGUAAAAAUAAAUUAUCAAGGUAUCUUUAGUUUAAGGACUUGGGAAAUACUAUCAAAAUUAAUUUCCUAAGAAAAAAAUUAAGAAAUAUAUUUAAGUACUCUGGAUAAACUGAAACAUUUCCAUGUUAUUCCUGCAGUUGUAGACCUAGGCUUACUUGUAAAGUGGCAUGCUCCAUUGACUGCCAUCUCUAGUUUUGCAAUGGGUGCUAUUAACCCACAGAAAGCAAGAGUUAUGUAUUACAUAGACAGUGGUUAUGAUGUUAACAGAGUCAGCUGUUUUGUUCGUCAUGUUUGUGAUAGGGAUGUUGCAAAUGCAGGUCUAGUCUGCCUGCUCAGACUUUAGUUAAACCCUUAUCUUUUCUAUUAUGUCAUGGAAAAAGUUUCCUGAAAGUGUGAAACUAGUCUUGAUUGUUCUUUGAGUGAUGUGGCCAUCAGCAAUAAAGAAAUAACUGUUUUCUUAGUCUGUAUAGAUAAAGAGGAACUUGCUUGGCUUUAAAGAUGUAUUUAUUUGCCAUUGAAGUCUAAAUAUGUAAUCUAUUUCUUUUUGGGAAGAUAGAAUAUAUUUUUUCCUUUAUUUUAAGUGUUUUAAGAUCAUUUUAAAAUAACCAAAUCUGAUUUGUGGUUUUUAACAAAGGACUAAAAAGCAGAAACCAAGCUAGUCUUGUUUUUGUGGCAAACUUUUAAGUGUUGAGGGACCAUGUCAGCAACUACAAAAAAUCUCUUACAUCUUCAGGUAUAGCUGGCAUUUCUACAGAUGUGUAAAGACAUCUGAGACCCUCAGAAAGGAAGGAUAAUCAAAGAAUAUAGGAAAUCUGUGUUCCCUUUCUCUCCUCUUAUCCCUUUUCUUACAUUUGUAAAGAUUAGUUAUAGGUAAUCUGACAUUUUAAUGUCGUAUCUCUUAUUUAUUUUUUCUUUCUGAGGUAUUAAAAUAUCUAGACUGAAUUUUGCCAAAUGUUAAAGGGAGAAAAGUUACGAAGACUUUGAACACUUGCUUUUUUGUGACUGACUAUGCUUGUCAUUAGUGCCUCAUGACUGUGUUUGAUGUCCUCUAUUGAUACAAAGUGAGCCUGUGCCUUCAUUAUCUUGCCCAUGUUAAUACAAAUGGAAACCUGGCAUUCGAAAAUUUCCGAAUUUGUGGGUUUUGGAGGAAUAUACCCGAAUUUUACUCAGUAAGCUUCUGGACAUGAAGAAAAAUACAGUUACCUAUUUAUAAAAUAGUUGUUACCAAGGAUUCUUCUUAUGUGUGUUUCUUUAUUUAAAACAAUAUUUUUGGUCAUGAAGUUAAAAAGCUUCAAGUCAUUUCAAUUUCUUCAUUGAGGAGAAAACAAGAAGUUAAAUAAGCCCAGUAAGUAAAUAAUGUGUUAUAAGUCACCAGACAUGCUUACAAGAUAAACUCAAGGGCUGAUAAUGUGUGAUGAUAUGAAUAAUAAAUCUAGAACAAAAUAUUAUAAACUAUAAAUUAAAAGGGUUUGAGAAUGGGGGGAGGUUUGUAGGGUAGAAAAAUAUGUCACCAGUACUAUUGAGGAGACAUACCAGCUCUCUAUGGACAGUAGCACUGUAACUAUAUAUGUACUUUAAUGUUUGUAUAAUAAUGUGUGAUUACAGACUUACACACUACAAUAAUGGUACUCUUCUCAAAACUUUUAAUUCAAACAAAUGGGGAUACUGAGGGUUUGUGUGUGUGUGUGUUUUGGUGGGGUGGGGGGCAUUGUUUCUGGUGUUAAGAUGUAGUAUCAGAUAAACCUGGUGAUUUAUCCAGUACAGUAGAGAACUACAUAUCCUUUACCAUGAGAAUUUAUAUCGAUAGCAAUAUUUUCCCAAUAUCUGAAAAAAAACUGAAAAAUGGCUUGUAAGAUCUAGUGGAAUGCAGUCUUUAAAAUGUGAGCCAUAGAUUUUUAAAAAUUAAUUAAGAGCUGUAGAAAAUUGCUCAUUUCCUGUAGAAAGUGCUGAGCAAAAUUAAACAAUGAUUAGCGUACAUGGAUCAUGCAUUUUGAUCUGAAACAAUAAAGCAAUGCUCAAGUAGCGGAAGCUUGCUUUUAGAGGUCAGUUCAGGCUUGGAUAUUCUCAUUCUGAAACACUUUUGCCUUCUGUUAUUUUUUUAAAACUGCCCCCUCCCUAAUUUAAGAGAAUAUUAGGAAAAUAAACUUUUAUAAGAUUUUGUAACUGGCAAAUAUUCUCAACAUAUUUAGGCAUCUCACUCUCAUAUUUGAAAUAAGUUCAACUUUCUUCCUUUUUAAAAAAAGUGGCAAAUGCCAGCAUGCUUCUAAUUUUAGGCAAAGAGCAAAUUCACGUUUGUUUUUAAGAAAAAAAGUGAUUUUAACAUUUUUAUGAUGUUUAUAAUUUAGAUUGGUGUAUGUCUUUACUCUAGCUGUGUUACUUGCAAGACAGGAAAUUACUCUGAAAAUCCUUACUGAAAUAUUGUUGUCUUAGAUCAUUUGUAUCAAGAUGAAGUUAGAAAGUCUCAGAACUAUAUUUUGUGUAUUAUUUCUCCAUUUCCACUGAGCAUUUAGGUUAGGAAGGAAUGUUGGAAAUUUAAGUUCUGGUUCUGAAGUAACUAUGAAGGCCUUAGUCAAAGUCAUAUAACAUCCUCAAGUUAACAGCCUCAGUUUCCCCAAACAUAAGGAAUUUCAUUCUUACCCUCUCACAAAGGGAUGUUUCAUGAAUGAAUGAAAAAAAGUAUCUGAAGUACUUUUGGGGGGGUGGGGCUGUAUAAAACAAAGAUACUGAUUUUUUCCUGUGUUUCAACAAAGCCACUGUUUUAAACAUUAAAGGCAAUCAACAAGUACCUGCUUACAAUAAAACUCUGUAAGGUUCUUUUUAAUGGGUCUAUCACUGUAUCAGCCUCAUAGUCCAAUAAAUCCCUGUGGAAUAUGUGGAUA